AUGGUGGCAAUCAAUGAGCUGUCUGAUGACUUGCUGCUUAAGAUAUUAUCGUUUCUUCCUACAAAAGUUGCCGUCUCCACAAGCCUUUUGCCGAAACAAUGGAAGUUUUUCUGGAUGUUGUGGCCUAAACUUGAGUACGAUGACUUAGAAUUAAGUGCCUCUUCGGCCUUGAGUUGUCUGGAUUUUAUUGACAAGAAUCUGCCAUUACAUAGAGCUCCCGUCAUAGAAACCUUGCUCCUCAGAUUUCGUCACACUAACUUACUUGAACACGAGAAAAUCAAACUAUGGGUUGGGAUUGCGGUUUCUCGCUUUGUGCGUGAGCUAAGUAUAAGCUAUUUUUGUUUCAUUCGCAAACGCCCUGACGUAUUAUCAUUGCCGAGGAGUUUGUAUACAUGCAAUUCCCUCAUGACACUGAAACUUCAAGGCUGGAACAUUCUCGUGGAUGUUCCUCCAUUGGUUUGUCUCCCUUCCUUGAAGACCUUGCAACUUCGAUUCGUGACAUACUCAGAUGAAGAUUCUCUCCGACUGCUUCUAUCCUCUUGCCCUGUUCUUGAAGAUCUUCUUAUUGAACGAAGCAAUCAGAAUGACAAUUUGAUAGAGAUAGUUGUUAACGUCCCGUCUUUGCAGCGUUUAAACUUGCGAAUAGGUCGCAAUUGUUCUUCUCAUGGGUAUUCGAUAGUGACCCCUUGUUUGAAGCAUUUCGAAAUUGAGGACUGCAGAGAUUUUCCCUCCUUUAUGAUUGAGCCUAUGCCAGUGCUGGAAGAGGCUGAUAUUGAUGUUAGGAUAGAUAUCGAGAAGAUUCUUGAAUUGAUCACAUCUGUUAGACGCCUUUCAUUACACUCAUCGUUCAUGAAUGCAAAAGAGUCUGUGUAUCUUGCUGGUAUUGUCUUCAACCAGCUUGAACAUUUGAAGCUAUCUAUAGACAAGACUGAUUGGUCGGAGUUGCUUUUCCGGUUGCUCAGAAAGUCUCCUAAACUGCGAGUCCUCAAUUUAUCUGUCGAAAGAGAUUCAAAAGUUACGAAAGAUCAAACGGCUAAAAGGAAGAAUAAAGGGAGCUCUAUUCCUGAAUGUUUGUUGACGAGCUCUAUUCCUGAAUGUUUGUUGAGGAGUCUCGAAACUUUGGAGUUUUCAGGUUACACGGGAGCAGAAGAAGAGAUACAUUUCUUGAGAUUCUUAGACAGGCACGCUCGUUGCUUGAAGACUAAUUCACAAACCCUAGUUUCCAAAUAUCUAAAUGAAGUAAGAAUCAUCAACGGAUUUAGCCUUGAUAAAAGGUUCUCGGACUUUGAUGACGCUGAAUGGUUCUUUGAUCACUGA